UGAUUGGACUGCGAGAUGCUUCCAGAUUUGUCCGUUUAUCUGGCCGUAGAUUCUGCUAAUGGCCGUUUUAAAAGACGGUCGCUGGUGGGGAAGGGGGUGGGUGGAAUACCGAUGGCGUCGUCCAUUGCCUCAUCUUUCUCCUCUCUUCUCUCUCUCCCGACAUCUGCUCCUCCGCCGUCCAAGACCCUCGUUCUCUUCUCUGGCACCGGCGGGUGGUGGCAGCCACGGUGGCGGCCUCUCCGGAGAGCAGGAGAAGGGGCUUCUUUCCGGUUAGGUUCGGUGUGCUGUGCCUCCGGCGACAAUUCGCACCCCGCAGGCGAUGAUUCCUCCAGCUUUUGCAUUAUAGAAGGGCCAGAGACAAUCCAGGAUUUUGUUCAGAUGCAGCUUCAAGAAAUUGAAGACAACAUUAGAAGUAGGCGAAAUAAAAUUUUUCUUCUCAUGGAAGAGGUUAGGAGAUUGCGGGUCCAACAGCACAUAAAGAGUGUAGAAUGUGCCAAAGAGAGCACUGAAGAGAAUGAGAUGCCUGACAUUCCAUCAACUAUUCCAUUUCUCUCUCAUAUGACACCAAAAACCUUAAAGCAGCUAUACAUGACAUCAUUCUCAGUUGUAUCUGGGAUAAUAGUCUUUGGAGGCCUUCUUGCACCAAUACUGGAGCUGAAAUUAGGACUGGGUGGUACUUCCUACGAAGACUUUAUACACAAUAUCCACUUGCCAAUGCAACUAAGUCAGGUAGAUCCCAUUGUAGCAUCCUUCUCAGGUGGUGCUGUGGGUGUAAUAUCAGCCUUGAUGCUAGCUGAAGCCAAGAAUGUCGAGCAGCAAGAGAAAAAGAGAUGCAAAUACUGCCAUGGCACUGGAUAUUUGGCUUGUGCUCGAUGUUCCGCCAGUGGUGUGUUCUUGAGCGUUGAACCAGUUUCACUUCCUGGUGGAUGUGACUGCCCUUUGCAACCCCCUACAACUCAAAGGUGUCCAAAUUGCUCAGGUGCUGGAAAGGUGAUGUGCCCAACAUGCCUUUGCACGGGAAUGGAUAUGGCGAGUGAACAUGAUCCACGUAUAGAUCCAUUUGACUGAAACAGAGGACAAGAGAUCUCACUAUAGAAGGCCAGUGCUGAUGCUAUCGUUAAACAAAUGAGCUUGAAGUGGUGUUAGAUUACCUAGGAAGAGGUUGUUUGUCAUUGAGUUGAAUGCUGUGUAUCUGAAUGAUUUGGGGUGAUUUAAGGAAUACAGAAACACAUAUAAUUGAAUACCAUCUGUAACUGAUUCUUGUGUUGAAGUUUGCACCUUAAUGAAAGUUGUAUACUUAUUUAUCUUUGACGGGUAGAUA